AUGAGACCCUCACAAGCCUGGUUUGAGAACUCUGAUGUGGAUGCAGGCAGACAACAGUGCUAUGGGAUCAGCACCAACUGGGAAUGGGGGCAGCUGUCCUCUCUAACCCUGAUGUCACGUGCUGAGGUGAUGCCAACAUUCUUCUCCUCCAUCACAAUACUCCAGAGCUCAUCCUUGUCAGGAUGUACUCAGAAACCACUGGGGAUAAGCCUCCAGCAGUGGAAGGUGGGCAGCAUGCAGGACCCUGUGGAGAAGGACCUGAGGCUUCGGGAGCCCAAGGAACCGCUCCCACCCUUGAGUGAAGACUUCCUCCUUAAUGCUUUGUCCAAGGACUUCACCGUUCCCCCAAACACUUCGUCUCUUCAAUUUGAAGAUGCUGAACUUUCGGCUGUCAUCUCUGAAGUAGUCUCCCAAACCCCAGCUCCAACCACCCACUAUGCAGGUCCACCCCCUGACACUCCGCAGAGUGAUGACAAAGAACUUGACGAUGCCCUGGAUCAACUUUCUGACAGUCUCGGGCAAAGACAGCCUGACCCAGAUGGGAACAAACCCCUAGAGGAUAAAGUCAAGGAAAAGGUGAAAGCUGAACACAGAGACAAACUGGGAGAAAGGGGUGGCACCAUCCCACCUGAAUAUCGACAUCUCUUGGAUGAUGACGAUGAGGGCAAAUCAGCGACGCCACCUCCAAAGAAACCUGAGGCAUCAAAGAAACCUACAGAUGCCCAAGACCCCAUUGAUGCCCUCUCAGGGGGCUUUGACAACUGUCCCUCAACUACAGAAACCUCAGAGAACACAGCAAAGGACAAAGACAAGAAAACUGCUUCCAGCUCCAAAGCACCCAAGAGUGGGGAUAAAGCAAAGGAUUCUGCAAAGGCAAAGGAGGAAACUUCCAAGCGAAAAGCUGAUGGAAAAAGUACAAGUUAAAGUUAAAGUUCACACUAUUUGGUACCUGCAUAUAAAAUCUUCAGCUGGUAGAUGGUGACUUUUGAAGAACAAAAGGCUUUGACAGCAGAAAAAUUUUCUGAGUGGC